CAAUUUGAUUCGAUAGCGGACGAUGUUUCCGAUGAAUUUAAUAUAAAUAUAGAUUUAAGUAUUUUGAAUAAUACUCAAGCUAACAGCUCAUUUUACGACAAUAAUUUUAUGUAAAAUGAGAUAAAUAUACUGUAUUUAGUUCCGCGGCAUUUUUAAAUUCUUAAAACUCCUCAAAUUAAAUGUUGAAAAAUGUCUAACCUCAACUGACUGGAUUGUUCAAUUGAAGAAACAUGUUUCGUGCGGCGAUAAAUAAAAGACUGAUUUGUGCUGCGUUUUUUCCGUUCAGUUCCUCGAACGGGAAUUCGGAUAUAUCCACCUUACAGAUUUACUAUGACAAGACGAAGGACUUCCUGAUAAAAGAAAACGGAAGUCUGACAAAUGAGGCACAAUCUGUGGUGAACACAACAGUGGCUGGAGUUGGAAUAGGAUUUGCCUUAGGGGGAUUGUCUAAGGCAAAAAGUUUCCCAGCUGCUCACAAAGCAGCGAACCAAGCAACUCUGUACAAUCACAAAUUCGAUGCAGCAAAAGAAAUGAGUAAUAAAAUGGCUCUGCAAGUUAUAAAGGGUGGUCUUCCAUAUGGCUUGAAGCUUGGCUUCUUCUGUUUCAUGUUCUCAGGCAUAUCUACAUUCUUGUAUGCGUAUAGAGGGACAUUUGAUGUACUUAAUGGUACACUUAGUGGAGCUAUAACAGGAGCUAUAUAUAAGAUAAACAUGGGAUUGAAGGGAUCGAUCGCAGGUUGCGUUGUAGGCUCGAUGUUAGGUUGCUUAUAUGGCACCGUCACGUCUAUCAUAUUAUACGUAACCGGUGUGGAUAUGCAGGAUCUGUACGAAUCCAGCGGGAAAUUCAUGGCAGCAAGACGAGAGAAAAUAAGACAGAAUUCGAUAGAGUUUAGAAAAGAGGAAGACUCGCAAUUGAGGGCAUGGUACGAGCAGAAUAAAAAGUUACAAUCGGAGGAAGUAAAGCAAGAAGCGAAAGCUUGAGACACUCCGAGUUCAACGACAAACUGAUAUGUUUUUCAACAUAAUUUGUCUAUUAAUUCGCGUGACUACCCUGUAAUUACCACGUAACACGUUGUGUAAUAAUGUUUGUACAGACACUAGGCGCAUACAAUAAGAGUCAUUGUAUAUUUAUCUAGAUAUUUAACUUGAAUAAAUAGAAACAUCAUCCUGUAA